AUGAUGAUAAUGAUUGUGAUGUGAUUGUAGGCCUAUUCCUUAUUCGUUUGUAACUUGAAGAAAGAGUUUGUGCUAUGUUGUUUAGAUAUUUUUCAUUAUAAAUAACUCAUAUAAUCUAUUGUCAUGUCUUUUAUGUUGGUAUAUUGCUAGUUUGCCUUAAACAUCUUAAAAAUCUAAACGGACUCUAUCGAUGACCGCUAAACUCUUGCAGGUUAUAGAGUAAAAAAUCGACUGCGAUUAAGUUAAACAUCUUGCGUCAAAUCUUGAUGAGGUUACGCUGAAAUUGGUGAUUCAUUGUUACUUAAAUCUAUGAUAUAAAACUGUUUAGAAACGUAAUAUUUGUUAAGUUAAAUUGUAUCUUAUAGACUUGGCUGAGCCUUUGUCUAGUAAGAUCUAGGCCCUAGGCCUAGGUGCUAUUAAGCAAGACCUCUGGAACUGUGUAAAAAGAUAGUUCCAUAUCCUCAGUUUUAGUUUUGGUUUCGUCAAAGCCUUCAUAAACUUAAUAAGUUAUAUAGCCUACUUACUUUUACUGAUGAAAUGAUGCACCAAGUGUUGAAAGCUUUUCCUGAUGAUAAACCGAUCACAGCGAUUUGUAUUGUGGAAGAUCCUGCCAAAUGCCCCCCAGGAUUUAAUGUAGUUUCUCGCACACAUGAUCAGGACUCUGAUGCUGAUUUGUGGAAGGAAAGCAACUUCUUCAUACGUAAAGUCACACGCUAUCUUUGUUUGAGCAAGACUGAGGGAAUUGCUGACUAUGUUGUCGAGUUUGUUGGUGUUAUUAAUGAAAAGGAAGCACCUCCCGAUGGAUGUUGUCUCAUCCCUAGGACCAUUGAUUCUGAACAAAGGGCGUGGCGUAAGAGGCAAAUGUGUUACAGACUCACUAGACGGAACCUUGCUCUCUCUGCAAUCACAGACAUCAUACUGCUAGGCCGAGCGAAGAAGGCACCGGAAGGGUUUUCUCUUGCGGGUGAAAUAAAUGGAAUUGUCAUCUGCUUCAAAACGGGUCCUAUACAUGGAGAUCCUCCUAAUCCAGCCCCACUGCUCGGCUAUAGUUUAAACCCAUUCAAGAAUGGUGAUGUGAUCCCAAGACCAGCCCCAAGGAUCCCGACCACAUUUAAUGAUGAGUCACCACCCCAUGACUAUGAGAACUUGAUUCGACCGACCCCAAAGCGACCUGCCCCUCCUCCUCCGCCCACCAACCAAUCGAACUACAGCACCAUUGCCUCAUAUCAUGGUUUGGAAGGUAUCCCUUUUGUAUUGAACCCUAGGCUUGUCAACACACAGUCAUCAAUGAAUCUCGGAAUACCAACCAUCAAAGUAAGAACCCAGUUUGACCUGGACAGUGAUUAUGAUUACGAUUUCCGAUUGGAGCGCCAGACGUAAUACUCAUCUGGAUUUGCAGCAGACAUUUUGAUAGGAAUAUUUCACAAUUCUCGCUGCGUGUAAAUAAGUAUUUAUUGUACAUAUUUUGUAAGAAACCUGCACAUUUAUGAACAGAAUCGCUUGAGGUUUUAACUCAAUAGGUAGAUUAAUAGAGUUUAUUUUAUUUUAUACAAUUAUUAGUCGUAAACAUAUUUUUUUAUCACCGACACAGUAUAUAUCUUGUUACCAAAUGACUGCAUAAGUGUUGUAAAUGAACUUCCUCCACUCGGUUGCUGUUAUUUCUAGAGGGAGUUUACUUUUCAUGUUUUAUAUUUACAAAUUUAUAAGGAAUUUCCUCCAAUUAUUCUCUGAUAGAGUAGUAUGUAAAGGUUAAAAUUAAAUUAAUAAAAGUGAAUGAAUUUUAACUAUAUAAACUAUAUAAACACCACAGUAAUAUUUUCCCCAUUUCCAUUUACACCUUAAAAUAUUUAACGGAAAUGCUUUUGUUAUUAAAAUGUACAUUUUCAAACUCAGGCAUGAAAUGAAUGUAGAUUUUUAUGUGCACGUUAAGUUACUUUUGAAUACUGCCAAUUGUGUCAUAUUAAGAUUGUUUUAAGCAUUCUUGAUGUUUGAAGUAAAAUAAUUUUACAUCUGUUAAGAACAAAAUAUUACCAAUGUAUACGUCACAUCACUGCUGUUUGCAGAAUUUCAGAGUCUAAAAAUUGUGUCAUUUGAGAUGACAUGUUGAUAAGCAAUGUCCACUCUAGUCUUCUCUACUGUUACUGUUAGUAUUACAAAUAAAGUCCUCCACUGUUUAUAAACUAGCUUAAAGGGUUCAUCCUAAUUAUAGUGUCAUAAGCGACUAGCUCAACCAUAUUAGUCAUCAUGUGAUCAUUUACAGCAAUUGCUUGAUUUUAAAAUAGCAAGCUAUGAAAUAUCUUGCUGAUAUUGCCAUUUAGUAAUUGUACAUUAUACUUGAUUCUGAUAUGGUAUUGGUUUGGAUUUUCAAAUCUCAAAUUACUUCUAAGGUCUUUAAAGACAAGUUUGUCUAUAGAAGUAAUUUUCACUAGUGUUGACAUUUUGUUUGAGGAUUAGAAUAAUUGAAGUGUCUAAUUGUGAAACUCCAAUCUUCUUAGUCUUCCCUAGUUGUUGAAAUAGUUCAUGGGUCUGGUACUCGAUUUCGGUUCUAGUUUUAUACUUUCAUGGUUCUGUCUUCAAUGAAAUAUUAUUUGUUCAAGUAGAUCUUAAAAUGUCACAUUAGGUUGUUGUUCCUGUCAAUAAAUCCGUCAAGUUGUGAAGCCGGUAAGAAAGUGACAUAUAGUGUUAACAAACCUUUAGAGGCUAUGUUUUAUUGAUCUCCAUUUUUAAAUGCUCAAAAAUAAAUUGUUGAAGAUCUUCCAUAGUUUCAGUGUAGUGUUGGUAAGAUAGGGCUGCCUAAAAGAUCCUCACAUUAGCAAAACAUGUUUCAUAAUCAAAACAAAACUGUAUUUAUUGAUAGACUUUGUAGUGAUUAAAAAAAAUGACAAUUUCAAAUUUUAUGUUUUUUGUAAAUCAUAGAAAUUCAAUGUAACAAACUGGACCAAAAAAGUCAACAUUUAAAUCAACAUAGGAUACCUAACUGUGUUUUCCUACAAUUCAUAAGUAGACUACUAUACUGCCAUGUUUACUUUUUACUGUAAAACCCGUAAAAUUUAACUUCAUAUAAAUUUGUCUCUGAAUCUUGCAGUUUUAGUAAAUAUUUAAUUAUUUGUGAUAUUUUUAAUAAUUCAACUAUUGAAUAUUAUUUUGUAUAGCAUUUUAUAUACUUAUGGUUCUAUUUAAUUAAUUGCUUAUAUUUUUUAUAUCAUAUUUUGCCAUUUAUAUUUAAUUUAUCUUAUUUUGGAUUGUGUAUGGAUUGAUAUUUUAUAGUUUUAGUGAUGUCUCGUACAUAUGAACGAAUAAAGGAGAGAGAGAUUAUAAAUAGAACAUAUUUGCAAUCUGA